GUGGCGCUAAUAAGACGCACAGCUACAACACAAACACACACACGAAGAAAACGGCGGUGGCGUUUGUUGUUUGUUGUUGUUUGUUGUUGUUGUCAGCUGACAGCCAGCCACAUGGAGGACCACAGAGAGGUGCUGGACAGACAAACUCUCCUGAAUGAAGCGAAUAAUGAGUUUAACAGCCAUCAUUGGAAACGCGCAGAGGAUUUGUACACAGAGUUCAUCGACAUCUGCAUGGCGUCUGGAGAAUGCGAUCGUAAUGACCUCGCCAUAGCCUACAAUAACCGCGGCCAGGUGAAGUACUUCCGGGUUGAUUUUUAUGAAGCCGUGGAUGAUUACAGCGCAGCUAUUAAAGCCAACAGGCAGUUUGAAGUGGCUUACUACAACCGAGGAUUAAUACGGUACAGACUGGCUUCAUCACAAACUGCAGGGUGUCCCAAAAGUCUCCAUACACUAGGGGAUUGUGUUUGGCAGCACCACGUCGGUCGCCCCUCCGUUAGCGGACGUUCGUGGACGAUCACUUCUUCUCGGUCGGUCCGCAACAUUUCCAGUCUUUGUGAAUUUGUUAAUAGGUUUGGCGACAGUGACGUGCGUGAUGUGGUCGCCGUGUUUCCUGUUCAUCGCGACCUUCCAGCCACACUUGGCCAUGUGGGGAAUUUAUGUACCAUGCUGGCAUCGAAGACCUUGCCAGUUUCGCCAACUCUUUCCAGGGGAAAGUAGAUGAAUGAAAGUGCAUGCUCAAAAGUUCUCUAGAAUUCACCAGAUGACCUCACAGGCUAAUUUCCUAUUUGUUCAUUCGUCAUGAAUUCGGUAAUUUGGAUAACAAGUAGGAAGAAGGAUAUUUUUCUGAAGACACGUAGAACAGAAUAAAGCUGUAGGAAAAGAACAAAAAAAAAAAAACAGUGUAUAUGAUGGGCUCCUGAGUGGUGUAACAUGCCAAUGCUACAGCUGUCCGAGUCAAGCCAGCAAAAUUGUUUUGCGAGGAAUGUCUGUCACAGCGACACUAGCCAAUCGUGAGCUAUGUUUCCAUCCAAGUUGCAAAUGUAACUUAUGGGAAUAUCACAUAAAAUGUUUGCGAAUAAAGCGCAAUUUCCAUCCCAUGCGUUCAAGAGAACGAAAUCAUCACUUCCGGGGAAACUGGCGCAAAAUCGUCUAUGCAAACAAACCUCUCGCGCUCAGCCAUUUUUACCUUUCUGAGCCAAUUAUCCAAUCACGUGCUUUGUU